AUUUGGGAAACCACGAAAUGUGCUGUUAGAAGAGGCGCAUUAUUACCUAGAACAGGCCACUGGCGGUUGAUCGAUGAAUUUUAUUUAUAUUUCACAGGGCACACGCAGUAUUUCACGUUCGACGACACAAACACAGAAGUGACGUCGAUAGCACUCAGCUUUUAUUCGGGACUGUUCGCUUACAACGGCUGGAACUACUUGAAUUUUAUCAUUGAAGAGCUGAAGGAUCCCGUCAAGAAUUUGCCAAAGGCUAUUGGUAUCUCGUGCGUCUUGGUUACCAUUGUCUACGUUUUCGCGAACAUGGCAUUUUAUACGACCCUGAGUCCAGUGGAGGUGCUCGGUAGCGAAGCUGUGGCAGUUACGUUCGCAAACCGUUUAUUCGGCAUGUUCGCCUGGAUGAUCCCAGUGUUCGUCGCUCUUUCAACGUUCGGCGCUGUAAAUGGAAUUCUUCUGACAUCCUCCAGAUUGUUCUACGCUGGCGCCUGCGAGGGACAAAUGCCUGAAAUAUUGACGAUGAUUCAAAUUUCGAGGCUCACCCCUACGCCGGCUGUUCUUUGCAUGACCCUGCUGUCCAUGUUGUACCUUUGUUCUUCCGACAUCUUCGCCCUCAUCAACUACGUUGGCUUCGCUACUUGGUUGAGCAUAGGCGUGUCUGUCCUGUGUCUACCGUGGCUCAGAUGGACGCAGCCAAAAUUGUCCAGGCCCAUCAAGGUGAACCUCUUCUUCCCCGUAAUAUAUAUCCUCGCCACCCUCUUUGUAACCAUCGUGCCCAUGUACGCCAGUCCUAAGGAAACAGGAUAUGGUUGCCUGAUGAUCUUCACCUCCGUACCUGUGUAUUUCGUGUUUAUCUCGUGGAAAAGCAAGCCCAAGUGCUUCCAGAAAGCAGUCGGCGCCGUUACCAAAACAUUGCAGAAGAUGAUGGUAGUCGUCGGACCAAAGACUAAGGUUUCAGAGAAGAGAAUGAUACACUUUCCACAUAAUUUUACUCUCUUUCAUGUCACGCAUGCUUAGCAUCCGUUGAUUUCUAUCAUCGGACCCGGUCCAAGCUCGUUGCUUUUCGAUUAUCCCGUGCAUGCUCGUCGGUUUUUCACAAAAGAGUCUCGACACUUCGUGAGCACCG